AGACCGGCGUUGUGGUCGGUAUGUGGGCGACUUCUUCGGUGUGUUGGAGAGUCCUAACUACCCGGGUGAGUACCCGGUGGACGUGGAGUGCGUGUGGAAGAUCAAGCCGGAGAAACGGAGGAGGAUUCUCAUCAUCAUACCCGAGAUAGCACUCAGUGAGACGGACAAGUGUGGUGACGUCAUUGUUAUGAGGAAGUCAGGACCGAGAGUUACUGACAGCUCUGCUUGAGGUGAUCGCCACGCCCUACAACUACCUCAAGUACGCCUACGUGUCCCACACCAUGUUCCCAGAGUCCUUCUUCCGACUCCUCACGCCAAAAGUUCGACGCUUUUUCCAGACGUGAAGACGGUCGUUGUUCCCACCGCCCCCUCGUGCAUUCGUGUCUGCCCACGAAUCUCGGAGAACUUGGACAACACCACAACAGAUACAAUGGGACCUUGUCACUGAAGCAUAGACUUGACUUAUUAUAAUAUCCCAGACCAGGCACUGUCAUGGCCGCCACCAAAGAUCGUGUAUAACAAGAUAGUUCACUCCUCUCUUUGAGCUAAUUUAAAAAGUGUUCUCAAAAUUCGGUGGCGCCCUCUUCGAAAAAGUGCGGACUUUGUCAACAGAGUUACCCUUCUUGUAUGAAAAACAAUCAAAAUGAAACUAACUAACUGUGCUAUUCCUAUUCAUCUUCUGGAGAAAUGAAAGAGAGCUUCCAAACAAAGACUGCAGUGCCAUCUGAACCAAUGCACGGACUUCCGCGGACAAUUUUUUGGUUGAGUGAACUAUCUUUUUAUGAACGAUCUUUACCGCCACUCUUUGCUCUUUAAAAAAAAACUUUGCUGCGCUAGUGCGCGCUAUGGACGCACAAAUACGACACGUGAAGAGCAAAACAGCAGUCUUGCAAUAGUCGAGUGCACGCGCAACCUUUCCCUCUUUGCGCUAGAUUUGGCUCUAGACAGAGCCAAGUGGUGUGCUCCAUGGAGAACAUCAGAGCCAUUUU